UGUGUUAUUGCCUAUGUUUGUAAAAGCAAAAGGAAAAUCAACAAUCCUAGCCCUUUAUCCUUUAUGGUAGUGCCAUAGUUCUUCACGUUCUUUUAAAAUGAGGAAUAUGUAUCUGUAUAAUUUAUCCCGUUCAUUUUCUGUCGGCUUAAUAAAAUAUUCAUAAUUAAUUUAUUUAUAAAAAUUACUUGGGUAAAUAAAUGUUGGAUUGGGAUUAAUUAAUGCUUAUUAGUCUUAGUCGUCUUAGACUUUUUUAGACCUAAGACUUUGACUCACUUUGAGUUUGACUUACCUACUAAUUAAGACUACUAAUAAUUUUUCUUUUUCUUUAGCUUACUAAGUCAAGUUUAGGUACAAUGUCAAUGAUUCUUUUUUUAAAAAUUGGUCAUCAUUCUGAUUAUUAAUUAUUGCCUUGUGCCUUCAAACCCCCACUGCAUGAUUCCCUCACAAAGUGGCACUGGAAAUCAGUGAAAUGUCCUCAUCAACACUGGCACAGAAACAUUGCAAAUCCCCUCUACAUGCAUAGGAGCCAAAAUGAUCAAUAAAUUGAUUGUGGGCCCUUAAUAUAUAUAGAAGAAAAAAACACUUUGUAAUUAUAGGGCAGUAGGCACUUUGUUUGGUAUUUGCCAGAAACACCCGAAAAACGGAUAUCCCAAUUUUUUUUUCAAAAUGGCUACCUCCACUUUUUAAUUUACUGAGGGUACCGUUAUUUCACCUUUAAUAGUCGAUUUUAGCAUAAUAAUAAAUGCUAUGUCCGUCAAAGACUUAAGUGCAGACAUCUUGCUUGUUCUUUAAGAAUUUAUUAGAUUUUUUUCGAGGUUAAAGCUUUGAAAAUUAUUAUCAAUAAUAUUAUAAACUAUAGAUAUUCUCUUUUUAAUUACAAGAAAAUUGCAUUCGAUUUCAAUUUUUUUUACCAAAAUGCCCACAAGUUUUUUUAUUAUCUUUACAUAUGUUUUUGCCCUGUUUACUUUCCCUGCAGGUGGAUUGUAGCAUUAUUUACUGUGAAAAGUAAAUAGAAUUGCUCUUUUUUUAAUUUAAUAUGUUUGCCAAGUUGAAAAAAAAGAUAGAAAAUGAGAGCGGUGCAAGUUUAAAUUCUGAGUCUCCUGGCAAAACUACACAGCAUCGACGAGAUUCUGGUAAGCUUUUAGCAGCCAUUAUCUUUAUGAUUACAUGGAUUCAUUACAAGACAUCAUUUCAUUUUUUUAAGCUGCAAACAACCGUCUCUUAGUUUAUUAAAUUGCAAAAUGUGUUGUAUUAGGGAAUUUUACAUAACUUUAUUUCCAAUACAGCAGUGUCCAGAAAAAUGGCAUAGCGUGUAAUGACUAUUUUUAAAGUAGUCUCAGCUUAAGUUAAUCAAUCAAUUUAUGAGCCUUUAAAUUCUGAUAAGUUUCUAAUGCAAUAUUCUAGUUGUAUUAUCUGUCAUUCUACAUUAAACUUGUUUCAGUUUCCAGUCUCCCAAGGGCAGGAAGCUAUCAACAUCUUGGUCCAUCUCCCCCAGGAAGCAUCACAAGUGAAGAUUCUUCUGUAAGCUUAAAUUAAACAAAAUUGCUUAUAUCAACUUAGGGUUUAUUACAACUGGGGCGGAAGAAAAGUGUAUAUCCAACUGGAUGUUUAAACAAAGUUCCAAAGAAGUCAAUUUCUAUUCUGAGAAAUUCACUUUUUCAAAUUUACUCAGCACUUUAAGUAAAUUCAAAAGUAUAAACUUAUAAAAUGUGUUUCCCUCUCCAGAUGCGGGAUGUAAGCAAUCCUAGGGAUGAACUGGCCAUGCUCCUUCAGAGGAAAACUGAGCAGUGUAAAAAAUUGGAGGGAAAUAUAAGUGGUACGAUUGUAAUUGCAGUAUAGAUUUUUUUCUGAUCAUAGACAUACAAUUUUGAUUAAUUAUUAUUUGUAUACUGCCACAAAAAUGCAUGAAUUAAAAUCCUACCCAUUGUUAUUAGAACUCAUGGUGGGCAUUCCUAUCAAAAAUUUUUUUUUCUAAAAUGUGUCUUGUUCUAUAAUGAUUAAAUUAUUUUCAAUAAAUGUAUCACUGCUUUAAAAUUAUCAUUUCUAAUGUAAUCUGAAUUAUAUGAAGUGUUAAUUUUUGGGUUAUGGCUACCCUUCAUGUGUGAUUAACAAUUUCAGAUUUAGCAGCUUUAAUAAAAGACAAGAGUAAAACUAUUGAUAAAUUGGAGCAGGUCAUAAAGCAGAAUGAUGAUGGUAAUUGCAGUACUACUUGCCUUGAUACCAAGUAUUGUAGCGUUGCUUGAAACAUCUAAUUUUAAAUAUUUUUAUACUUAAUAAAUUAACAUGAACUUUUAUACUUAAUAAAUUAACAUGAACAUAACCUUAAAUGUAUUAAAUUAUUUUUGGAGUAAAUUAUUACAUGGAUUUAAAAGGGCUAUUUUGAACCUAUGAAAACCUCAAUCAAUUUAUUCUUUUAAGGGACUUAUUUCUUUUACUAUAAAAUAGAAUCAACCUUUGAUAUGAUCAUUUUUUUUUUUUAAACUUGUUCUUCUCCUAUUCACAGUUACCAAUAAAAAGCUUCAGGAGCAAAAGGAAGAGUUUGAGCGCUACCGCGAUAAACUCAUUGAAGGUUAUCAAAACGAUAAGCUCAAGCUUGAUAAGGUAACCUUUUCAAAGUCAUUCUCUUUAUUUUCUGCUACUUUAACACUCUUGAGACAAUUUGGCUGGGCUGAUCAGUCGAAUGACAAAAACAGGCGAAAGGCCUUUCCAUCAGCCCAACAACAAAAGCCUAGAGAUUGGCUAGCUGGUCUUUGUACCAGCUGAUUUUAUAUCAUUUUUUUUUUACCACUAUAAAGGCUUAAAAAUAUGCCAAAGGCAUAAGCAUCCCUUAAAGGCAUAAGCAUCCCUUAAAGGCAUAAGCAUCCCUCAAAGGCAUAAGCAUCCCUUAAAGGCAUAAGCAUCCCUUAAAGGCAUAAGCAUCCCUCAAAGGCAUAAGCAUCCCUUAAAGGCAUAAGCAUCCCUUAAAGGCAUAAGCAUCCCUUAAAGGCAUAAGCAUCCCUCAAAGGCAUAAGCAUCCCUUAAAGGCAUAAGCAUCCCUUAAAGGCAUAAGCAUCCCUCAAAGGCAUAAGCAUCCCUUAAAGGCAUAAGCAUCCCUUAAAGGCAUAAGCAUCCCUUAAAGGCAUAAGCAUCCCUUAAAGGCAUAAGCAUCCCGAGUGGAAUAUUCUAUGCAGUUUUUUCCACAUUGAAUCUCAUUCAAAUGUUUGUUUGGACUUAUGAUGCUUCAACAAUAAUAAAAUUUAACAAAAUUUCUGUUAGUGAUGCAUGUUUAUUAUAAGUGCAACAAAAAUGUGCAUACUUAAGUUAUGGAAAUUAGGAUACCUCAUUGGCAUAAAUGCUGAGAUUUCAGAUUGAUUCAUAAAAAUCCUAUGAGUUCAUUCAAUUUCCCACAAUAAUAUUUAAUUUUAUAUUUGUAAAGUAAUUUCUAUAUUUUUUAUCAUUUUUUUUGCAAAGUAAAUGUAGGGCUUUUAAAAGGGCUCCGUCUUCUAGGAGAGGACUGUCGCAAAGGCUCCAUCCCAAAUAGGUUAAUAAAUAUAAGUUUUCAUAUAACCUCCAAAGCCAUGUUUACCUAAAAUUAAAUUUUAAAAGGGUGUUUUUAUAUAAAAUUUGAAAUGUCUUUAUCUCGUAAACCUUUUAUAAAGCAGACAGGUACCAUGGUAGCAGCUUUUAAACCAUUUAGAUUUUUACAGCUAUCAUGACUGAGAAAAUUCAAUAACACUCUUUUUUUGUACUUAAGUAAAUUAUUAAUUUCAUAAUUUUUAGGGUUUUUUUUUUAUUCAAGAUUAUUUUUUAAAAAUAUCACAUCCACCAAGUAAUUUUUGAAGAAUAUUUAUUAGGCAAAACUUGAUUGAUCAUAUAAUGUGGACGAUUAUGAAGGGGUCCUUGUUUAAUGUUAGCUUUGAGUACUUAUCCCUUUAUAACAGAACAAUCAUUGGUCUCUUGAAGAUUUGCUGUCACAGUCUGUUCACUCAUUCACUUCAAUACCAUGUGUUGUAAAUGAAGAAGCCAUUUGAUUACAAACAAAAAAAAUUGUGCAUUGAUGUUGUGCUGUCAUCUAAAAAAAAAAAAUUCAGUUGUGAAAAGCUGCUUCCUGGGCCCUUUGUCAUGACAGUCACCUUUUUCUCUUUUUCUACUUACAACUUUCACCCAAACAAGGUGUUGUUGCAUUCUACUUGAAGUAGAUAUAUGUAUUUCGAGUCCAUCAUUUUGAUUUGCAUCAUUUUAAUCAUUUAACUAGUUAAUAUUAUUGCCUUUAGAGAUCAACAAUUUUUGCUUGUUUUAAAAUUGUCUUUUACUUCUUUUUAGUUUUCUUUCUUUGGGAAAUAAAAUAGAUCCGGCUCAGAGGAUCUUUGAAAACCCCCCCUCCCUUCCAGGGUUUAUUGUCUAUAUACUGGUUUUAUAAAUAACAUUCAACUUCUUGGCAUUAGACACAAACCUGCAUAAAUUUUCAGGAGAAAAAUGAACUUAUGGAAAAGCUUGUUAGCGCUGAUCAGUAUCGAGCUCGUUACUUCAAAAGAGAGGAAGAGAGUGAUGAGUUUGAAGGCCUUGCCACCCAAGAGCUGGCCAAAGUUAAACACCUGGUAUAAUUGCUUUGCUGGGGAGAUGGUUAUUCUCAUAAUGUCAAAUGGAGAAAUCUGUUUGGAGUAGAGGGUGGUAUAAUUCUUCGCCCAAACCAUGAGGCUAGUAAAACUGAAUCACUCGUUUGAAGAUAGAAGUAUUUAACAAUAGAUUAGUAAAACUGCUUUAAAGAGAAAGAGUAAAUUAUCUGAAAUACAUUUUUUCUGUCUAGGAAAAAACUUUUGUUUUGUAAGCAAACAAAUACAUUUUUUAUUGUGUAUGAAAAACAGACUCUGACAAAGUUCUCCCACCCCCCUCAAUACUCUGCAUGCUGUUGAAAGACAUGCUUGCUUUUCCAAGUAUUCAUUUAGCUUGAUGUGUUCUGUUGUUUUUGUUUUUCCAUCUGCCUAUUUAAAGAUAAGUCAGUUCAAUUUAUAUGGUUGGAAAAUAGAGUAAAAAAGAAGCAUACCUCAAAUAUGUCACAGAUGAACCAUGAGCUAAAGUAUCUGCACUGACACUCAAGCAUCUUAAAAGCAGGCAUAGGUUUGUCAACGGUGCUUAACUCCAGUGGCCGGUGCUUAACUCCAGUGGCCGGUGCUUAACUCCAGUGGCCGGUGCUUAACUCCAGUGGCCGGUGCUUAACUCCAGUGGCCGGUGCUUAACUCCAGUGGCCGGUGCUUAACUCCAGUGGCCGGUGCUUAACUCCAGUGGCCGGUGCUUAACUCCAGUGGCCGGUGCUUAACUCCAGUGGCCGGUGCUUAACUCCAGUGGCCGGUGCUUAACUCCAGUGGUCGGUGCUUAACUCCAGUGGUCGGUGCUUAACUCCAGUGGCCGGUGCUUAACUCCAGUGGUCGGUGCUUAACUUCAGUGGUCGUGUGUUCCCAGUAGCCAAAAGGAAGAUGUGUUGCACAAUUUUACUUGGAAGUGGGUCUCUUGAUGGAGGAACAGUCAUGAAUGGGGGACAGAGUUUGAAAAAGGUGGCAUCACAGUUGCAAGAGAGUUUUCAAAAGACGGCACCAAGUGACACAGUACUGGGAGAGUACUCCAGGGCAUUCCAGAUUAAUCAGGGUGUCAUAUAAGGAGACUCCUUAUCAUGUUCAACAUCACAUUAGAAAAUAAUUAAGAGAACCAUACAUGUGAGCACCAGUGGAACUGUCGGAGGCUAAUUUCAAAGAAUCAUUGCAGGACCAUAACUAUCACAAAAUUUCGCCAUUCUGGAAAGGUACUCUGUCAACAGAAGGAGAAGCCUUGUCGGCCUAUAAUUUGAAUUUGAAAUUUGUCAAAGACUACAAAUUACUAAAACAAAAUGAAUCCUCGUAGACCAUGGGGAAAAAUUGGCCAUAAUACAUCAUCCCUGUUUGUGCUUGCAUAUCUGGCUCCAUCAAGCAUUUUGUAACCUUUAUCUGGUACGAAAAUGCUCUUUUCUUUAUAAAAUCUGAGACCGAAGGAAUCGCUUAUAUUAAUUUCAAGGAUGGUCAUUUUGACUUUAUAUUGGUGAAUGCAGAAACUUCUGGAGAACAUGUGCAUGAUUCUGGAUUGAAGCAGUCACUGGGUAACCAGAAUUCUGCUUCCUGUAGAUACAGUGCACCCCCAUAUGAGCAAAAAUAAAGCUCAAGUGACCCGUUUCCAACUAUGAGUGGCCAAAAUAUCUUCCUCUUGAAUACUGGGAACACGUGGUGGCUGGAGUUAUGCACCAUUGACAAAUGCACAUGUUCAAGAUGUUGGAGUUUCAGUACUGUUAUUUUGGCAUAAGAUGUACUUGUGGCAAUCAUUUUAAGCAUUAUGGUAUUCAUUAAAUAGCUGCUAGCUGCUGUAUCACUUUUUAUUUAAAAUUAUCAAUAAGAAAUUAUUUCACAAAUUAUGUUUUUAAAAUGAUAAAUCACAAAAUGAUUUUGCUUAAUCAAGUAUGCAUGCUUUUUCAUAAUGUAUGGGUGAAGGUGGAUUAGGUUGUUACUAAUGGGACCCAUUGCACAUGCCUUUCCCUUAGUCUCAUGCUUGAGGUAUGUCUGGAGACUGCACUAAAAAUUAUGUUAUCGAUUUCACAGCCUGGGUCCCCCGCCCCACCAUUUCAGCUUUCUAUCAUUACUUCCUUUGCAUGCCACCUAAAUACUAAUUAAAUUCUUUAUUAACGCCUGUUGUUACAACUACAUAGCGGAAUAAUCACCUUAAGGAAAAUUAAAUAAUACUUCAAAAUUUAUAUUUUAAAAAAUGUUUUAAAAAAUGUCAUCCCUUGUGUGCAGUACAGGGUUGACUGGGUGACAAAAAACGCUUCCUUGUAGUAUUAAUUUUUGUUUCUCUUUUAAAGAAUUUCAUUGUAAUAAACCUUUGUUACCAGUGGUUUAAAAAACGAUUUUUAAAUAUAUUUUUAAGUUUAAAUGAUCAAAAAUAAGUUUUACCAAAGAACAUUAUUUUAACAUGGACCCUUCUGUUAUUUAAUAUAUCAUCUCAGUUUUAAAAAAGCUAUGAUUGGGAACCAUUUAUUUUGCAACAUUAAGUUUUUUUCAUGGUACUUCGUUUUUAAAUUUUCAACAAAAAAAAGUAAGUUAUUUGAAUGAGUUCAUUUUUUAUGAUACUUACCGUUUGUUUUUGUUUUUUCCAUGGGUACUGACAAAACCUAUUUCAUGACUGCAUCGCCAUCUUGUUUCAGUUGUUAAACACAGAAGAGGCCCUAGCGGUCUGCCGCACAGAGCUGGAGACCAAGAGCAGACAGUGCCAUGCUGCAGAGACACAGGUGGAGAAGCUGACCGAUGAGCUGGGGCCACUGAAGCAGAGGCUUUCUGUUUUAGAAGCCGAUAAGUGAGUCCAAGAGAAGGGCAGAUAUUUUAAUUCAAUUUCUUUGCAGAACAUAUAACUUUUUUUUUUUACCUUUCAUAAGUAUAAAUUGUUGGUAUGAUUGUCCUCAGUGUAUUGUCAAUACAAAUAACAAAGUCCAUGUAUGGUUAAAUUGAUGUGGAGAUUUAUAAUUUUUUUUUAAAUUAAAUUAAAUUAUAUAUUUUUCAGUCAUAAACUAAAAGAGGAAAACAAUGAAAGGGCUGAUCUGGUUAUAUCACUGAGCAAAGAUAAAUCUGCGUUUGACAAGAGACUGGAUGAGAUGAAUAGAGAAAUGACAGAGGUGGAUUAUUUAAUUGUUUCAACCUGUUAUAUGCCUAGUUUUUUUUUUUUUAAUGUUUUUAGAAAGCUAAAUAAGUUUUAAUUUUUUAUUACUCAUGUAUAUUUUCCAUAGAAAGAUAGGGAGAAAGAGACAAUUUAAAAAAACAAAAUUCAUUUAAUCACAUUCAUUUCAAAACAUCUUAUUUUUCUUUUAUAGUUUAUUUAAUUUCAAUUUUAAAAAAAUAAAAGUUAACAUUAUUUUUAAUCACGUCAUUUUUUUUUAAAAAUAUUGUUUUAAAAUUCUCAGAAACUCAGUCAGAUAUCCAAACUUCAAGAGCAGCUGUCAGAUUUAGAUGGUGAAUACAAGACUUUAAUACGCAACUCUGAUCUCCAGAGAAACAAGGUGUUUGUUAUGCCUAAUCUUAUUCUAUCAUUGGAAAAUGAUGUUAUUUUUUUUAAUACUUUCUUUAAAGAAACUGCAAAUGUUAUCCUUGUGCUUAAGUAAGUAAAGAUUUUAAUUAUAGAGUAUUAUCAUGAGGAAGUAACAAUGUAUUGGUUUAUUUGUCUUGCAAGACAAGCAAAUUGUUAGAAGAGAAAGAUGACCAGAUCGACACACUUCAAGAGAGAGUUAAACUGUUGGAGCAGAGGCUUUCAGACUCUGGCCUGUCUGGGGACGAACGAACAAGUGCACUCAAUGCUGAGCGAGACUCCAUGGAGCUGAAACUUUCUGAGGCCAGACAGCAGCUGACGGAAGUGAAAUCUACCUGGAGUGAUAAAAUAAGUCACCUUGAAGACCAGGUGAGAUAUUUUUAUUCUCAUUUUGCUCAGAAUCUUACCUUGGUUUGAUGCUGGAUUUUUUUUUCUGCCCAGCUUGUAUGGCCAUAUGUGAGGACAGUGUUACUUCAUAUGAUAAGAUAAGUUUCUUUUAUGGAUCCAAAUGAAUGGAAAUUUGUAUUCAUUACAUUGUAAAUAUUCAUUUUCAGCAUGUAAAUAAAUACAUAUUUUAAUUAAGAUGUCAUUUUACAAUUAUAACAGUUUAAACACAAGACAUCUAAAGUAUUUUUUAGGGUAGAAAUCCUUUACUCCUUUACUGAUAAUAAUGACUUUAUUUGGGAUCAUUUAUAUUUGGUAACCGCUGAAGGAGGACGCAUAAGAAUUUCAUAUCAUUCGGUCCUAACUUUAAGAGAAAGUAUUCAAGCUGAUCUUAUGUAUCUGUAAUGACGAGCGUGGAAUUUUUUUGGCCUUACCAUUGUGUGAGGAAAUUCAUCACGACUGGUUGGCCAUGAAGAAAUUCAUCUCAGACUUUCAUCAAUCCCCAGUAAUUUUCAAUGUGGUGACAGAUUUUUCCAUUUAUUUUUCUCUGAAAGGAUACAAUUUAUUUCUUCAGAUUUCUCACCUCAAUGCUAAGAUCGUUGAAGACAGUGAAGAGUUGACCAAUAAUCUGACCAUUACAGAACAGAUGAGAAUAAGCUUCCACAAACAGGUGAGGUCGAAGUCUUAACUAUUUUUGUAAUCAGCAUCCACAAAAAAGCUGAGGGUUUAGUCCAGUCCAGGUACAAGUGUCCAAUGAUCAAAAUGCCAGUAUUGUAAUUAAACUGUGACUUGAUAAAAAUAAAUUGCAUUUUGUAGCCUAGUCUCUAAGUACUUAUUGUCCUGUUGAUAUCAAAAUCUCCUCUUUUUUUUCUCUCUCAGGUAGAAGAUUUGCGAGAAAAGUUGACAGAUGCUGAAAACCGAGCCCUAGAAAACUUAGAGCUGGCAUCAUCAAAGGCCACACAUUAUGAGAAACAAGUAGGAGCUUUCUUUUGUCUUCUUCGUUUAUUUCAGUUUCGAAAAAAAAAAAAAUUCCCUAGAGUCAGCGUCUUCAGAGAAAAUAAGUAACAUUUUGUUAUCAUUGGUAAAACAAACGCCAUAGAAUAUUUAUAUUUAAUUUAGUGUUUGGAAAUUUAUGUUAUAUAACCAUCAUUUAUAACAACAAAAAAUAAAUUUUCAUUAUUCCUUCUAUUCUUUCCAAAUGUAUUUCUAACAAAUACAUAAUUAUAUCUGGGUUAAUCAGUCACUAGAAUAGUGUUUAAGAAAUAGUCUUACAAGUCUGUUUUCUUAAACAGUCCUCAUGUAGUCAACAAGAGGCAUCAAUGCCAAUUAAAGCUAUUCUAACAUCAACUCAUUGUAAAGAGCAGCAUUGUCAGCUUGUUGUUUUUGUAAUGAUCAAUCUCAAGCUUUCAUACGGGCACUUUAUUCUUUUUUUUUAUUACCUUUAUAUUAACUUCAAUUUUUGUUCGUGGCUGGCAAUAUCUUUGGUUGGGUAAUUGACCCACUUCUCGUCAACCUAAGACGCUAAAACUUGGCACAUAGACUCAUUGCCGAUGAAAAUAUAUUCUGUCAAAUUUUCAGCCGCACCCCCUACCUCCAAAAAAUUUUUUUUUUCCCUUGUUUUUUCAAAAGGAAGAAAAUAUAAAAUUCCAGAUAACUGCACUAAAAGAGGUUAUUUUUUUUGAAAAUAUCUCAAGUGCAUAAUAUUUUCUUUUUCUAAAAUUUUUGAUGAAUUAAAUCGGCGAUAUAAAAGCGGAUGGGUCAUUAGAAUAUUAAUAUAGUUCAGGGGGUGAAAAAACGUGCAGCGGCGAGCUGGGGGGUGGGGGGCCAUUAAUUGAGAUUCUUAUGUUGUGCAUUACUUGAAUGCAUGUUUUGUCAAAUUUUUAGCCCCACCCUCAAUCGCUCGAUAUAAUUUUUUUAAAGGAUUUAUAAGAAGAAAAAAAUUUGUCAGUUAAUUUAUCUUUGGCUAGUCCUCUCCUGUCCUGUAGACCAUGUCACAAUUUUUUAUAUAAAAUAACUUCAGUCAGAUAUCAAAGCUCAGACAUUCCUAUAUUGCAAAUAAUCAGAUCUCAACUGAAUGUGCUUCCACAGAUUGAGGAGCUUGAGUUAGAGAUGAGAAGAAUUAAAAUUGUACAUGAAGACAAAGAGGCACUGCACAAGACCAACAUUCUGUCUCUGGAGUCGCAGCUUUCAGAGUUACAGACCAAGAAGCAGCUGGACCAGGAUGAUGCUUUAUUUAAAAAUGUUUGUUUUAACUUCCUACAGUGGCUAUUUUUCUUUUAGCUCAGAGUUUUAUUACUUAACAAAUGUCUGAAAUAUUGUUCAAUGUAAUUGUGUAGGGUUGAGUGAAGCCAAGAAAGUCAAAAAUUCACGGAAUAUGAACUUUAUCAUAUUUUUAGUUUGGAACUAAACGUUGGGUUAAGUGAGGGAUUGCACUUUCUAAAUUGGUGAUAGGUUGAGUGAGGGAUUGCACUUUCUUAAUUGGUGAUAGGUUGAGUGAGGGAUUGCACUUUCUAAAUUGGUGAUAGGUUGAGUGAGGGAUUGCACUUUCUAAAUUGGUGAUAGGUUGAGUGAGGGAUUGCACUUUCUUAAUUGGUGAUAGGUUGAGUGAGGGAUUGCACUUUCUUAAUUGGUGAUAGGUUGAGUGAGGGAUUGCACUUUCUUAAUUGGUGAUAGGUUGAGUGAGGGAUUGCACUUUCUAACAACUUAUAAAUGUUUUUUACAUUUUAUUAACAUUGUAAAGCACAUUAUCGAGCUCGUGCGUUAAAAAAAAAAAAAAAUCAUAUCACUGAAAUGAACUGCUACAAAAGUAUGUUUCAUAUAAGCAUUUAGAUAUUGUAAUGCACUGAAUAUCUGUGUUUUUGUUGCAACCCUACUUACCACUAGUUGUUGUUCAAGCACCACUACUUGUUGCACAAGCACCAAAGUUUGAGAAGUAUUGAUUUUAGUUGUCAUACAUCAGGUUCGUUUCUUGAUUUAAAAUAAUGAAGCAAUUGUGAAAUGAUGCAUUACAAAUGUCUGCUUUCUGUCCCUCAGACCCAGUUGGAAGAAAGACUGGCAGAUUUGCUGAGCAGAGAGGCAAGUCUUCAGGCACAAGUUAGAACCCUAACAGUGCAGAUAAGUCAGUUAAAUGUAAGGUUACAGUGAAAUCUUUCAGUUUGAUCAAUUUUAUGUGCGGUUAUUGUUUUUGUCAACCCGUUCAACCCCAUAACGGCCAAAUCUGGCUAGUUGAGGCACUGUUUAUAUGCUGCUAUAUAGAAUGCGGGAAUCUGGCCUUUAAAUGAAAGUCUCGCAAAAAAUGAGACAAAUGACAUUUUAAAUAUUUUAUUUUAUCAAUUUGGCAAGGAGUAAUUAUUAUUUUAAUCACAGAUUUUUUUAUUAUUUUUUUGUGUGGUUAAGGUCAUGAGCAAUGUUAAGAUCAUGAGCAAUGUUAAGAUCAUGAGCAAUGUUAAGAUCAUGAGCAAUGUUAAGAUCAUGAGCAAUGUUAAGAUCAUGAGCAAUGUUAAGAUCAUGAGCAAUGUUAAGAUCAUGAGUAAUGUUAAGAUCAUGAGUAAUGUUAAGAUCAUGAGUAAUAUUAAGAUCAUGAGUAAUAUUAAGAUCAUGAGUAAUGUUAAGACCAUGAGUAAUGUUAAGAUCAUGAGUAAUGUUAAGAUCAUGAGUAAUGUUAAGAUCAUGAGUAAUGUUAAGAUCAUGAGUAAUGUUAAGACCAUGAGUAAUGUUAAGACCAUGAGUAAUGUUAAGACCAUGAGUAAUGUUAAGACCGUGAGUAAUGUUAAGAUCAUGAGUAAUGUUAAGACCAUGAGUAAUGUUAAGAUCAUGAGUAAUGUUAAGACCAUGAGUAAUGUUAAGACCAUGAGUAAUGUUAAGACCAUGAGUAAUGUUAAGAUCAUGAGUAAUGUUAAGACCAUGAGUAAUGUUAAGACCAUGAGUAAUGUUAAGACCAUGAGUAAUGUUAAGACCAUGAGCAAUGUUAAGAUCAUGAGUAAUGUUAAGACCAUGAGUAAUGUUAAGACCAUGAGUAAUGUUAAGACCAUGAGUAAUGUUAAGAUCAUGAGUAAUGUUAAGACCAUGAGUAAUGUUAAGACCAUGAGUAAUGUUAAGACCGUGAGUAAUGUUAAGACCAUGAGUAAUGUUAAGACCGUGAGUAAUGUUAAGACCGUGAGCAAUGUUAAGAUCAUGGGCAAUGUUAAGAUCAUGAGCAAUGUUAAGAUCAGGAGCAAGAUCAUGGGUAAUGUUAAGAUCAUGAGUAAUGUAAAGAUCAUGAGUAACGUUAAGAUCAUGAGUAAUGUUAAGAUCAUGAGUAAUGUUAAGACCAUGAGUAAUAUUAAGAUCAUGAGUAAUGUUAAGACCAUGAGUAAUAUUAAGAUCAUGAGUAAUGUUAAGACCAUGAGUAAUGUUAAGAUCAUGAGUAAUGUUAAGAUCAUGAGUAAUGUUAAGAUCAUGAGUAAUGUUAAGACCAUGAGUAAUGUUAAGAUCAUGAGUAAUGUUAAGAUCAUGAGUAAUGUUAAGAUCAUGAGUAAUGUUAAGAUCAUGAGUAAUGUUAAGAUCAUGAGUAAUGUUAAGACCAUGAGUAAUGUUAAGACCAUGAGUAAUGUUAAGAUCAUGAGUAAUGUUAAGAUCAUGAGUAAUGUUAAGAUCAUGAGUAAUAUUAAGAUCAUGAGUAAUAUUAAGAUCAUGAGUAAUGUUAAGACCAUGAGUAAUGUUAAGAUCAUGAGUAAUAUUAAGAUCAUGAGUAAUGUUAAGACCAUGAGUAAUGUUAAGAUCAUGAGUAAUAUUAAGAUCAUGAGUAAUAUUAAGAUCAUGAGUAAUGUUAAGACCAUGAGUAAUGUUAAGAUCAUGAGUAAUGUUAAGAUCAUGAGUAAUGUUAAGAUCAUGAGUAAUGUUAAGAUCAUGAGUAAUGUUAAGAUCAUGAGUAAUGUUAAGAUCAUGAGUAAUGUUAAGAUCAUGAGUAAUAUUAAGAUCAUGAGUAAUAUUAAGAUCAUGAGUAAUGUUAAGACCAUGAGUAAUGUUAAGAUCAUGAGUAAUGUUAAGAUCAUGAGUAAUGUUAAGAUCAUGAGUAAUGUUAAGACCAUGAGUAAUGUUAAGAUCAUGAGUAAUCUUAAGAUCAUGAGUAAUGUUAAGAUCAUGAGUAAUGUUAAGAUCAUGAGUAAUGUUAAGAUCAUGAGUAAUAUUAAGAUCAUGAGUAAUGUUAAGACCAUGAGUAAUGUUAAGACCAUGAGUAAUAUUAAGAUCAUGAGUAAUGUUAAGACCAUGAGUAAUAUUAAGAUCAUGAGUAAUGUUAAGACCAUGAGUAAUGUUAAGACCAUGAGUAAUGUUAAGAUCAUGAGUAAUGUUAAGAUCAUGGGCAAUGUUAAGAUCAUGAGCAAUGUUAAGAUCAUGAGUAAUAUUAAGAUCAUGAGUAAUGUUAAGGUCAUGAGUAAUGUUAAGAUCAUGAGUAAUGUUAAGAUCAUGAGUAAUGUUAAGACCAUGAGUAAUAUUAAGAUCAUGAGUAAUCUUAAGAUCAUGAGUAAUGUUAAGAUCAUGAGUAAUGUUAAGAUCAUGAGUAAUGUUAAGAUCAUGAGUAAUAUUAAGAUCAUGAGUAAUGUUAAGACCAUGAGUAAUGUUAAGACCAUGAGUAAUAUUAAGAUCAUGAGUAAUAUUAAGAUCAUGAGUAAUGUUAAGAUCAUGAGUAAUGUUAAGAUCAUGAGUAAUGUUAAGACCGUGAGUAAUGUUAAGACCAUGAGUAAUGUUAAGACCAUGAGUAAUAUUAAGACCAUGAGUAAUAUUAAGACCGUGAGUAAUGUUAAGACCGUGAGCAAUGUUAAGAUCAUGGGCAAUGUUAAGAUCAUGAGCAAUGUUAAGAUCAGGAGCAAGAUCAUGGGUAAUGUUAAGAUCAUGAGUAAUGUAAAGAUCAUGAGUAAUGGAGUACUUGGUAGUAGUUUGACAUUUACCCACUGACACAACCAACUUUGGGAAGUAAGGGGACGCAACUCAUCAAGCAACCAGAUCUAAACAUUUGAUUUCAUAUAAACAUGUCACAAAUAGCUAUGUUUUUAUUUUAUUUUUUUUUAACCUAUCAGCAGCAACUGUGGAGUUGCUCCCCUUUGGCUGGGGUUUACAUGGAUACAAUUUCUGAGCACCCAGAAUGGAAUGGGUUAAUUUUUAAAUCAAUCUUGCAAAAGUAAAAAUCUUGUUUUUGAUGUUGACUCCAUGAGUAACAUCCUUACAAGGAGUUCCAUGCGUUUCGGAGAUUAUCAUAGGGCUACCUUGUGGGUAUCCUAGGGCUGCCUUGUGAGUAUCAUAGAACUACAUUGUGAGAAAGAAAAUAAUAAAGAUGCUUGCCCUCUCUGUGUUUAAAGAAGUUGCAAUAAAUCGAGAGAAAAUCAAAACGUGUAUCUAAAAUAUUCGACAACUUGGGCCAGCAUUAUCAACCUAUGAAACUCAUAAUUGUUUGGUAUGCUGCUUAUGGCUGUUAAGACUGCAAGGCUGCUGCUCACCCCCCCCCUCCCCUUUCCUAAACCCUUAACUAGUACUUUAGGACAGAUUAUAGCUCACAAGCCUUAGCACAUAGUAAUUUACCUUUUGAAAAGAUAUGGUGCAGCUUACUGAGCAUUUGAUACGUUGUAAAUGUCAUACUGUGAAGUCUUAUUAUAAGAUUUCCUAAUGAUGAUGUUGGUGCCCUCCUAAGAAUACUGUGAAGUCUUAUUAUAAGAUUUCCUAGUGGUGAUGUUGGUGCCCUCCUAAGAAUACUGUGAAGUCUUAUUAUAAGAUUUCCUAAUGAUGAUGUUGGUGCCCUCCUAAGAAUACUGUGAAGUCUUAUUAUAAGAUUUCCUAGUGAUGAUGUUGGUGCCCUCCUAAGAAUACUGUGAAGUCUUAUUAUAAGAUUUCCCAAUGAUGAUGUUGGUGCCCUCCUGAGAAUACUGUGAAAUCUUAUUAUAAGAUUUCCUAGUGAUGAUGUUGGUGCCCUCCUAAGAAUACUGUGAAGUCUUAUUAUAAGAUUUCCUAGUGAUGAUGUUGGUGCCCUCCUAAGAAUACUGUGAAGUCUUAUUAUAAGAUUUCCUAGUGAUGUUGUUGGUGCCCUCCUAAGAAUACUGUGAAGUCUUAUUAUAAGAUUUCAUAAUGAUGAUGUUGGUGCCCUCCUAAGAAUACUGUGAAGUCUUAUUAUAAGAUUUCCUAGUGAUGAUGUUGGUGCCCUCCUAAGAAUACUGUGAAGUCUUAUUAUAAGAUUUCCCAAUGAUGAUGUUGGUGCCCUCCUGAGAAUACUGUGAAAUCUUAUUAUAAGAUUUCCUAGUGAUGAUGUUGGUGCCCUUCUAAAAAUACUGUGAAGUCUUAUUAUUAGAUUUCCUAGUGAUGAUGUUGGUGCCCUCCUAAGAAUACUGUGAAGUCUUAUUAUAAGAUUUCCUAGUGAUGAUUUUGGUGCCCUCCUAAGAAUGCUGUGAAGUCUUAUUAUAAGAUUUCCUAGUGAUGAUGUUGGUGCCCUCCUAAGAAUACUGUGAAGUCUUAUUAUAAGAUUUCCUAAUGAUGAUGUUGGUGCCCUCCUAAGAAUACUGUGAAGUCUUAUUAUAAGAUUUCCUAAUGAUGAUGUUGGUGCCCUCCUAAGACAUCACCCUGAUUCAUCAUCACCAUCAGUUGUGCUACAGCCCAUGUAGGGCACUGGCCUACUGCACCACAUCCUUCCAUUCAUAUCGAUCCAUGAAUUUCCGCCUUCAUGCGGACCCCCAGCUAAUGUAAGUCCUUCUCUACAUUAUCAAUCCAUGUCAGUCUUCGUCGAUCGGUGAGUCAACUGCCCCUAGGUUUCUGCCUGUAGAUCACUUUUGGUGAUCUAUAAUCCGGGAUCCUCUCAAAGUGUACUGUCCAGGGCAGUCUGCCUUUUUUAAUUGUUGCGACUAUGGGUGGGUCUUCACACAUUUGAUAUAUCUCUUGGUUUUAUGCGGAUUCUUCAUUCCUCAUUGUCUAUCACCAGGCGGUAUAUUUAUAUUUUCCUGUAAUUUUCCUGUAAUUUCCUGUUGUUGCAGAGUGUUGUAUCAGAGAAAGAUGAGGAGUUAAACAACCUAAAGCAGCGACUCAUUGACUCCAAGAUGGCUGUUGAUGAUCAAAAUAAAACAGUGAGAAAAACACUAAACAUAUCUGUCUCUACCCAUGAUGACAUAUGUCUUUUAAAAAAAUUUAACCAAUAACUGGCCCAUAACAUUUGCCAGUUGGCAAAAUUAUUCCAGCCAAAAAUAUGGUAGACCUAUUUUAUGGUUAGUCAUUUCAUGAUGAAUUUUAAAUAAAUUCCUUUCCUUGGCUUAAUAAUUAAUAAAGUGUAUUUCAAAAACACGCUUCAUCCCCAAAGGCUUGUUUUAUUUUACCAGUUAACUCAAUAAUAAUAAAAAUAAUCUUACAUGAUUAGUUUUUUUUUGUACAUUUUCAAGCAUUCGGAUAUUAAUGUACAUAUUCAGAUCUCCCCCCCACCCACACACACACACACACACACACUCAUUUUGGUGCCUAUUUUAACACGUGAAUCACGAUUGAAUUCUUUGAAUACGAAGUCAUUGUGUUAAGGUCUGAAAAGUCCUUCUUUGGGAAACUAAGACCUAUCCCAAACAAAUUAAAAUCAAGAAAGGGGUCUGUCUUGGUAUUGUAAACAAUUUUCUAACUAAUUUUUUUUUCCAUUGAUAGAAUCUUACACUAUAAGGUUCAGAGUAUAGCUCAUCAGCGCAGUGAUAGAAUCUUACACUAUAAGGUUCAGAGUAUAGCUCAUCAGCGCAGUGAUAGAAUCUUACACUAUAAGGUUCAGAGUAUAGCUCAUCAGCGCAGUGAUAGAAUCUUACACUAUAAGGUUCAGAGUAUAGCUCAUCAGCGCAGUGAUAGAAUCUUACACUAUAAGGUUCAGAGUAUAGCUCAUCAGCGCAGUGAUAGAAUCUUACACUAUAAGGUUCAGAGUAUAGCUCAUCAGCGCAGUGAUAGAAUCUUACACUAUAAGGUUCAGAGUAUAGCUCAUCAGCGCAGUGAUAGAAUCUUACACUAUAAGGUUCAGAGUAUAGCUCAUCAGCGCAGUGAUAGAAUCUUACACUAUAAGGUUCAGAGUAUAGCUCAUCAGCGCAGUGAUAGAAUCUUACACUAUAAGGUUCAGAGUAUAGCUCAUCAGCGCAGUGAUAGAAUCUUACACUAUAAGGUUCAGAGUAUAGCUCAUCAGCGCAGUGAUAGAAUCUUACACUAUAAGGUUCAGAGUAUAGCUCAUCAGCGCAGUGAUAGAAUCUUACACUAUAAGGUUCAGAGUAUAGCUCAUCAGCGCAGUGAUAGAAUCUUACACUAUAAGGUUCAGAGUAUAGCUCAUCAGCGCAGUGAUAGAAUCUUACACUAUAAGGUUCAGAGUAUAGCUCAUCAGCGCAGUGAUAGAAUCUUACACUAUAAGGUUCAGAGUAUAGCUCAUCAGCGCAGUGAUAGAAUCUUACACUAUAAGGUUCAGAGUAUAGCUCAUCAGCGCAGUGAUAGAAUCUUACACUAUAAGGUUCAGAGUAUAGCUCAUCAGCGCAGUGAUAGAAUCUUACACUAUAAGGUUCAGAGUAUAGCUCAUCAGCGCAGUGAUAGAAUCUUACACUAUAAGGUUCAGAGUAUAGCUCAUCAGCGCAGUGAUAGAAUCUUACACUAUAAGGUUCAGAGUAUAGCUCAUCAGCGCAGUUUCUUCCUUAAGUUGCUUUUCACUUCAGUUUGACCCUUUUUUCUUUUUUUUUUUUUAACCCAGUGUCAUUUGAAACAUUUACUGUUGAAACUUUCAGAUCUUGUCUCUUGGUGAGCAGCUGUCACAGAAAGUCAAAGAAGUGGAGCAGGCUGAAAAAGUCAAAGAGGACAUUGAAAAACAUUGGCAGGCGACGGAGAAUGGUUAGUGGCUCUUUCCAGCUGUUCCAUCUUUAAAACAAUGUUGUUGUUGUUUUUUAACUUCCUCAUAACAAAGAUGGACCUGAUUUUUAUUAUUUUUUUUUUCAUCUGUUAACAAUUUUUCCCCCUCCCUGGGUAGUAACUUAAUAUUAUGAAUUUGAUCAAAUUUAAUGUGCUGUGCUGUUUAAAUUCAACAACUUGCACUAAGGUUAAUGUUGGUCCUAUCAGUGACUUAUAAUAUAUCAAGAAGAGGAAAUACUAUAAUAGAGAGAUACUCAACUCUCAAACUACAUGAUUUCUGUCUAAAUAAAGAGAAGGAUGUGCUAUCAUAGAGUCAUGCUAACCCUCAAACCGCAUGACGUUUAUCUAUAUAUCUAGAGAAGGAUGUGAUAUCAUAGAGAUGUACUUAACUCUCAAACUACAUGGUGUGCAAAUUUCAAAUACCAGUGUUUGUGAACUGGAAAUUUUUUUUUUUUUUUUUUACCUUUCUAUAUACCAAAAUUUAUUGGGGUAUACUUUAAAUUUAUUGGACAAGCACAUCAAAAAAUAUAAUCAUUUCAAGCACAAAUUUAGAUUUGUAUUAUGAAGAAUUGUAUAAAUAUCAUAUUAGAUUGUCAAAUUAAGGAAGCAAAGUUCAUUUUUAUCAAAAUUUCACAUGAAUUAUUCCCAUUAUAUCCUUGCACCCCUGACCCAAAAAAAUCUUCUGGUUUUACCAUAGAGAUAUUUGAGUCUGCUUGUGUAAUCAGAGCAUGGUUUGACACAAGAAUAGUUCUCGUGGAGAGUGCAGACGAGACUCUUAAUUUAACCCUAACUCACAUGUGGAAGUUGCGACUGUUCAAACAGAUUUAUUCCCCCCUUUGCCCAGAAAAAGUAGGAUUGCUGGAAAGAAAUGCAGACCUUCAUAAGCAAAUUCAGGUUUUGAAGUCCAGCAACUCAGACUCAAAGCUUGAAGUUCAGAGAACACUAGAGCUGAAGUCACAAGCUGUGGAAUCAUUGCAGAAAACUGAGGCUAUGCUGAGACAAAAAGUGGAUGCUUUGGAGAAACAGGUUUGUUGGAGUAGCUGUUGUUUAAAUCCUUAAGUAAGUAGCUGUUGUUUAAUCCUCAAGUGAGUAGCUGUUGUUUAAUCCUCAAGUGAGUAGCUGUUGUUUAAUCCUCAAGUGAGUAGCUGUUGUUUAAUCCUCAAGUGAGUAGCUGUUGUUUAAUCCUCAAGUGAGUAGCUGUUGUUUAAUCCUCAAGUGAGUAGCUGUUGUUUAAUCCUCAAGUGAGUAGCUGUUGUUUAAUCCUCAAGUGAGUAGCUGUUGUUUAAUCCUCAAGUGAGUAGCUGUUGUUUAAUCCUCAAGUGAGUAGCUGUUGUUUAAUCCUCAAGUGAGUAGCUGUUGUUUAAUCCUCAAGUGAGUAGCUGUUGUUUAAUCCUCAAGUGAGUAGCUGUUGUUUAAUCCUCAAGUGAGUAGCUGUUGUUUAAUCCUCAAGUGAGUAGCUGUUGUUUAAUCCUCAAGUGAGUAGCUGUUGUUUAAUCCUCAAGUGAGUAGCUGUUGUUUAAUCCUCAAGUGAGUAGCUGUUGUUUAAUCCUCAAGUGAGUAGCUGUUGUUUAAUCCUCAAGUGAGUAGCUGUUGUUUAAUCCUCAAGUGAGUAGCUGUUGUUUAAUCCUCAAGUGAGUAGCUGUUGUUUAAUCCUCAAGUGAGUAGCUGUUGUUUAAUCCUCAAGUGAGUAGCUGUUGUUUAAUCCUCAAGUGAGUAGCUGUUGUUUAAUCCUCAAGUGAGUAGCUGUUGUUUAAUCCUCAAGUGAGUAGCUGUUGUUUAAUCCUCAAGUGAGUAGCUGUUGUUUAAUCCUCAAGUGAGUAGCUGUUGUUUAAUCCUCAAGUGAGUAGCUGUUGUUUAAUCCUCAAGUGAGUAGCUGUUGUUUAAUCCUCAAGUGAGUAGCUGUUGUUUAAUCCUCAAGUGAGUAGCUGUUGUUUAAUCCUCAAGUGAGUAGCUGUUGUUUAAUCCUCAAGUGAGUAGCUGUUGUUUAAUCCUCAAGUGAGUAGCUGUUGUUUAAUCCUCAAGUGAGUAGCUGUUGUUUAAUCCUCAAGUGAGUAGCUGUUGUUUAAUCCUCAAGUGAGUAGCUGUUGUUUAAUCCUCAAGUAAAACACAUCCUUGCCAGUUUUGUUUUGUUGUAAAAAGAAAAAUCGGAAAUAUAUCUUUUACAACAAUCGGAAAGUUUUGAUUUACUUCUAUAGUAAUUAAAAUAGUAUAUAUCAGUGCUUCUCAAAAUUCCCAAUUCCAAAAUUCUCCUUACAUUUUUUUUACUUUUCGCAAAUCUGUCAAUGGGAAGACUGUCCGUGAACCACCAAUUUGAAGAAAACAGCAAAAAAUUUAAAUAAUUUCUGCAACACUUAAAAAUUGUAUGUGUGCAUUACCAAACCAAUUAAAUUUACCAUUAGAGUCCUUUCAUUGUCAACAUUUCAAAACAGAUUGAGCAGCAUGAAAUAAACAAGGCAGAAUCUGGAUUGUACUCUGAUAGGAUUGAUGAGAUGAAUGACAUGAUUGCUUCACUGCAAUCACAGCUUGCUGAGAAGAACCGGGUAAAUAUUUCAUAUUUAGUCAUUUUUAAAAACGUCCUUUUUUUUAAAAUUAAGUCCAAAUCUAUUAAUUUCAUCGAGUUAGAGGUGAAUUCAUUGUCAGUUUUUAGUCAGGACCAGGUUGAGAUCUGCCAUCUUCUAUACAAAGAGCACUUUGAGAGCUUUUCAAUUCAUAAUCAUUUCAGAACGAACUGUUGUAACAUCAAAAUAUUUUCAGAUGUUGAAGAAACAAGAGCAGACACUGAAGGAUUUAAGAACCACACUACAGCGUGAGCUCAAGGUCCAGUCGUUACCCAACGAUGAAGGCCUGGACCAGACUGGCAACAAUACGACCUCUACAUCCCCAUCCUUGUCCCGCCGUUAUGACUCUUACCAGCAGCAGCAGCAGUCCUUGCAGCACAACUACAGCCAACCCAAUCUCCUGCGUAAUAAUAACUCGAUGAGCAACCCCACUGCGGCGGUUCUGCCGGUACAGCUGUCAUCGUCCAACAUGAUGACUUUGACAAGUUCCUCAUCCUCUGUGCCCAGUGGUGCCACCGAUGCCCUCACUGCCCACACGACUCACGUGAAAAGAGAACUUGAUAAAGAUGUGAAUUUCCAGUACCUGAAACAUGUUGUCUUAAAGUUUAUGCUAAGCCGGGAAUCCGAGGUAAAACAAAUUUUUCUUUUUUUCCUUUUCUUUUGAAGUAUAGAUUUAACACACAUUCUGUUCUUUUUAAAAUUCUCCUAAAUUCUGUUCUAUUCAAAUCAGCUGAAUGAGCUGUCAAACUUUUAGAAACAGUGAAAAUAGUGAAACUAAAUAUGUAUACCGGUACACUUGAAAAGACAGGACAAUUUCAUGUCAAGCCCAAACACAUCUUAUUCGACUAUUUUCCUUCACACAGCAGUCCAUCCUUUAUUAUACUUUACUGUUAAACUUAACAGUCUGUUUUAUUUUAUCAGAAUAAUGAGAUCUCCGAUAAAUGUUAUAUUUAUAAACUACCAGUAGUAAUGAUUAGCAAAGAAAUGAUCGAAAAAAUAUUUUUGAGGUAAUUUUUUAAAAUGUUCCUGUGCAGUUGGUAAUUUUUUAAAAUGUUCCUGUGCAGUUGCCGAAAUUAAACCCUUUAUAGUUUCACACAAGCUUGUGUUUUAUUGAAUAGAAUCAUGUCAUCAAAAUUUUACAAGAUAUAUUUAUUUUGCGUAUAAUUUGUAAUUCUUACAUAGAAGCUAGAGGUCUAACUGUAAACUUGUUUUUUCUUAAGUCUUAAGUUAUUUACGUUGACAAAUAGUAGUUAAGUGUAAAAAAAAAAGAUUUUGCAAAGAUGUCAGUUAACAAAGUUAAUAGCAGAUUUCUUCCAUCAUCAAAUGUUGUGUUAAUUAUUUAAGAAAUAAAGAGUUGUUAAAAAUGUACAUAGCUAGUAUGUGUUUAGAAUAUGUUGCAUUGUUGAGGAGCAUCCAAUGCAAGAUUUCAUACUUGUGAAAACUACAGCACAUUAUAGAGGUAAAAUUUCUAAAUUAGAUAUUUGCCUUUUAACCCUUGUAUCUCAUUUUUCCUGUUCAGACAUUUAGACAGACUUAUUGUUAUAUUUAAGGCAAUCCAACUGAUAAAAGCGGUUUCAAUGCUUCUCAACUUCACACACCAAGAGCAGCAGCUGAUAAAGGAGACACUUGAGUGGAAAAUGUCCUGGUUCGGUCAUCGGCCCCCCCUAGGCAAAGGUCAAACUUCUAAAGUUAUACCACCAACAUUGUAGCAGCAUGAAAGCUUAGAAUAUUUUAAUUAAUCCUCUGUUUGAUGAAGUGAAAUUUGGAAAUUUUCUAGUCUAACCGUAACCGCCUGCUGAAUGUUUGUAGAAAUCAAAUUUUCUUAUCUUUGUAUUGAGAUGGAUAAAUUAAUGAUUUAAAGACUGUUUACUGCAUUUUUUUAUACACCUUAUAAAGAUUAUAUAUAUAUAUAAUUAAUAUUUUAAUAAUUCAGAUUUAUUUUUAUUCCAAAACCAUUCUCUAACCUAAACAAAGAAAGACUUCAUCUCAAGCAGAAAGCUUCCUUUCUUCAUAUUAUUUUCAUAAAACUGUCUCUGCUCAGCUCCUAAAAAGAAAAUAUACCCGCUACUUCAAAAAUGUAACAGAGCUUGCAUCCAUUUUUUUUUUUAAAGUUCAUUCCUACUUGCUAUAUUAUAUUGUUGCAAUAUCUUUAUUGGUUUUGUAAAUCUGCCAUCUGUCAUAACAAUUGUCACAAUGUUUCAUUGUUAUCUGUUAAGAGCAUUACCGGUACAUUACAAAGCUGGGAGAAUUUAAUUUCAAUAUAAUUUGUCGAAUGUUGUGAUUUUAUUUUUUAGUACAUUGAUCGGUACUUGGUGAAACAGUUAAUGAUAUAUUUCCUUUUGAGAGAGUCAGACGACCCACAAAUAUAUUUUCUUUCACCUCCAUUGGAAAAUGAUAAUCACCCGGAUAAAUGUAAUUUUGAUUUCACAAAAAAUCUGUAGUUUUUUUUCUAUCUCUGGUAGAGAAAACAAUGAAUUCGACAACACAAACUCCAUUUGCUAAUGCUUUAAGUUGUAUAUAUGUGUCUUUAACAAGAAAUGUGACACUAACAUACAAUUUAGUUAACAUAGUGUCGUUGACAAGGAUGUGGGUUUUAACUUUUUGAAGCUUUCAUAAAUUUAGUGUAUAACAGCUUUUUUUUUUUUCUUUUUUUUUGUGUUUUUUUACUUUGAAUGGCUGUCUAUAUUGCCUUUGUUGCUAGCCUCCUGGUAUGUUUUUUUUAAAAAUUAGUUUUCUAAUGAGAAGAAAAGGAUUUACAUUCAGUAAACAACUGUAAAUUUGGGAAAUAUUUUUUAUAGACAACACCUCACUGAGUGACCUAGUUUUCGUUUGUUACAGCAUGGUGGUCAGUAUCAGUAGGGUAUUGGGAAGACAACACUAGGGGCUUAUUCAUUUGAUGUUCUGAGUAUAGCGAAGGUCUCAAGGAUACACCAGCUUGACAAUUUUUUUUUAAAAUUUAUAUCUCAUAAAAUAUUUUAAAAUUUUGAAAAUACAUUCUGCACAAAAUUAUAAAAAUAGUGAACAAAUUAAAGUUUAUUCUUUUUUUUUUUUUUAAGUCAGCCUCAGCCAUGCCAGCUGACUCAUAUUUAUACUCUGACUGAUCCCUGCUUUUCUGUGUAUUGCUAAUCUUCCAAAAUUUAUAUCUCAUAAAAUAUUUUAAAAUUUUGAAAAUACAUUCUGCACAAAAUUAUAAAAAUAGUGAACAAAUUAAAGUUUAUUCUUUUUUUUUUUUUUUAAGUCAGCCUCAGCCAUGCCAGCUGACUCAUAUUCAUACGCUGACUGAUCCCUGCUUGUCUGUGUAUUGCUAAUCUUCCCUCUGCUUGCAGUUCAACUUCUUUGUGACCGCCAUAAUGUUGAUAAACUAAAAAAAAGGCAUGCUUAGACAUACAUUUUUUUUGUACUGAUUUACCAUAAUCUCAUAAUAAAAUGUUCUUGUGUUAACUUCAGUGCUGUCUUGGUUGUUUAAUUUCACAGUUUAUUUUGUUGACAUUAAUUGAAUAAAAUCCAUUUGUUAGAUUUUUUCUAAAACGGGGAGAAUAAAAUAUAUGACCUUAAAUAAUUUUAGCUCAGAUCAUUUGUGUGUAAUAAAUAUCAAAGCUGGGUAUUUUUAUCUUUGCCUAAGAAUAAAGCUGUUCUACCCUAGUUAUGCAUAUAUUUUUUUUAAAGUUAGCCAUGCUUCUGCCUUGUGAUGUGCUGUAAAAUUGUAGAAAAAUUCUCUCACUUUAGUUUACGGCUAAUUUUAUUCCAACAAAUGAGUCUAUCGCUGUGUCCUCAAAGAAAUCUGCCAUGUCAUUAUAUCACUGUGUCCUCAAAGUAAUCUGACGCAUCAUUGUAUCACUAUGUCCUCAAAGUAAUCAGUUGCGUCAUUGUAUCACUGUGUCCUCAAAGUAAUCUUGACACGUCCUUGAAUCACUCAGAGUAAUCUGUCAUAUCAUUGUCUGACUUUGUCCUCAAAGUAAUCUGACACUCCCACCAGAAUGCCUAAAUAAUCAAGCUGUAUACAUAUGAACUUGUUAGCCUGUUGCACUGUGUUUACUUGUAUUAUACAAAUGAUCCACCCAGCCGCCUGUGCUCCCUUGUGAUUUAAGAUUUUGUUUCUUUCAGGUAAAGAUUUUGGUUGUGUUGAAAUUUCCCAUGACAUUAAACUAAUUUAAAUCCAUUGGCAAUUAGUCAUUUUGAAAAUAUUUUAACUUGGUUUGAGAUUAUAAUUUCUUUUCUUUCUUGUUCUAACACUUUGGAUGUUUAUAAUGUUUAGUUUAUUACCGGUACCGUAAUGUUUAAUGUUAAUAUUUUAUGUGAUAAUUAUGAUGCGUGUCUAGCACAAAUUAAAGCUUCUAAAUAAGGCUAAAAAAAUUUGGCUCAAAACUAAUUAUCUGAAUAACUUGUUUAAAAAGAUAAUUUUUAAUUGAAGAUAGAAAUAAUUAUAUGAUUUAAAUAAUUAAAGCCAAUUUGUAGAUAUUUAUUUUAAAAACGAUUGACUUAAAUGUGGUGCCAUCAAUUUGUAUGUGUACGUAACAUCAUAAAUUACCUGCAAUAAAUUUUCAAUUCUGACAGAUUUGUGACAUGGCUCUGUGUGUGUGUGAUACUGGAUCCAAACAUUGAUGAAAGUUGCAGUCAGAAUUUCUCAUUUUGUAGAGGCAUUGUACCCUUUUAUUGUUUAUAAGCUCUAAUUUUACAAUUUCACUUUUAAAAAAUGCAAAUUUUACAUGUUCCUGGCAUAACAAAUGAACUUAUGUUAAAUAUUGUAAUUAUUUAUUAUAACUGUGAGGGAAAUUCAAAUUUUUGCAUAUGUAUUAUAUAUAUUUAUUCCCAAGUUAAAGUUGUUUUAAAAAAUCUUUGUCAUUAAAAAUUUCAUAGUGAUAGGUCCUCAAACCAGAAUUUAAAAAAUAAAAACAUAUCAUGUCGAGAAACCAGUAAACUACCGUUUUCAUGAAUCCUUAGAAUAUUUUUUUUUAAAUCAAACUAUAAUUCUGUUAAGUAGACAUUUAUUAGCUUUUUUUUUAUUUCCACUUGAAAGAUACAAAUAUAACUUUUAUUCUUCAUACUUCUCAUUUUUCUGGGGAUGUUUAUUGAUUUCAUUUAGGCCUUUUGUCCAGGUCCAAUAAAGCUUAAAUAAUUUUUAGAUUG